AUGAUUGGAUCUCUUGAUAUAUUACCGAAAGGUUUUAAUUUAACAAUUAUCGAAGAAGAUGAACUUAGUAAAAGUGUUGUUAACUUUUUGGGACAUAGACGAAGAAAUAAAUUUACUUUUCCAUUACUUAUAUCCCUUUAUUCAUUUAUUUUUGGAACUGGUCUUGCGGGAAAUUUUUGUACAUGUAUUACAAUUUGGAAAAGUCGUGAUAUGCAUACUCCAACAAAUUUUUAUCUUUUUUCUCUUGCUGUUUCGGAUUUACUAUUAAUUAGCUUGGGUUUAUCAGUUGAAAUGUAUAAUAUCUAUGAAUCAUGGCCAUGGAUAUUUGGUGAAACAUUUUGUGUAUUUCGUACUGUUGUAUUGGAAAUUGUAACAUCAGCAUCAAUUCUAACCGUUCUAUGUUUUACUAUUGAACGUUAUUUAGCUAUUUGUUUUCCAAUCAUAUCACAAAAAGUUCUAGGUGGUUUAAAUCGUGCACUUAAAAUGAUUAUGAUUGUUUGGUUUUUAUCAUUCCUACUUGCUGUACCGUACACAUUUACUGCUGGAGUUUUUGUUAGUGUUAAAAAUGAAGUUCGAAAUGUAACUGUUGAAAUUCUUGAUAGUCGAAUAUGUGCAAUUCGUCCUGAAUAUUGGGAACCAAUGUUAUAUUAUAUGGCUGUAACAACAGUUCUCGUUUUUCUUAUACCAAUAUUUGUUAUAACUGUUUUAUAUGUUUUAAUGGGUAUUACGUUAUAUAAAGCAAGUCAUCGUCCAUCAAAUAGCAAUGAAGGAAAAAAACAUGAACAUGUUAUUUUACAUCAUCAUCGUCAUCAACAAUUUUGGUUGAGACAAAAUACAGCAUCAAUAAUAAAAUCACGACCAAUGAGAAAUUCAAGAAGAGCAAUUUUGAAAAUGUUGGUGGCGGUUGUAAUUGCAUUUUUUAUUUGCUGGGCACCAUUUCAUACACAACGUAUAACUGCAUUUGUUACAAGAUUAUUAGAUAAAGCAAAUAAAAAUAUAACAUCCGAUGCAGCAACAAAAUUUCAAGAAAUACUUUUCUUUGCUUCAGGAAUUUUAUAUUAUUUGUCAGCUACUGUAAAUCCUCUCUUAUAUAAUAUAAUGUCAAGACGAUAUCGAAAUAGUUUUAAACGAACAUUAUGUCGUUGGCGAAAUGUGACUCCUAAACCUUGUUAUCGUAAUGGACGUUCUUAUAUGUAUUAUAAUCGAAAUUUACCACGUACACCAACAAAUCCUGGUACAACAAAUCCAUAUCAACGAUCAGCGGCUUAUAAAUCGAGUUCUUAUAAUCAUUAUCGUGAUAAUCUUUUUACAUUUUCAAUGUCAAAAUAUAAAUUAGUUAUUGGUUCUCGUACAUUUUCUCGACAAGAUUUACAUGGUGAUUAUCGUCAACGUACAUCAUUUCAUUAUCGUUUAUCAUUUAUACAAAAAACUGAACGUGAAGAAGAAAAAGAAAAAAUGAAAUUACAAUUACAAAAAAGAAAAUUUUCUCUGAAUUUUAUUCAACAACCGAAAAAACAUCGAGCUCGAUUUAUUUUUACUACAAAUGUACCACCAAUAACACCACCAAAUACAUCAAUUAGUGAUUCAAAAAAUUCCCAUAUUAAACAGUAUCAAUAG